GGCUUCCGGUCGGCAUUUUGUUCUGCCAGAGAGAGGGGGAGAGUCUGAGUGGAUCUCUUUUAUCACCGCGUCAAUAGUCUCUGAGGCUUUUUUUCGCCGCUGAUUUUUUGGCAAAAAUCGCUCGGAAAUAUACAGCGAAGCUGAUUCGGGGCUGGAGGAUUUAGGCGAAGGGAGGUUGGCGGUUGGACGGAAUGUUGUUUACCUCCCCGAAGGCUUCAUGUUUGCCGUGAGAAGGAAGAAGAGCGAGCCCUCCCGACCCGGAUUAUUGUUGUUAUAUUACUCGGAGUAGCUGUAAAGAGCGACAGAGGAGCUAUCGAGCCUGAUCGGAAACGUUUGCUGCAAUUUAUUUUUUUAAGUUGAACCUCCGAAUCCUGAGCAGAAGGGAGAUGUGAAGUCUGGUCGGAGAGCAGCGACACUGAGCAUCCUGCACAUCGACGCGGCCCCCCCACCCCCAUCUUCAGCAUGAAUGGGGAUAUGCCUCAUGUUCCCAUUACCACUCUUGCUGGGAUUGCUAGCCUCACCGACUUGUUAAACCAGCUGCCCCUGCCUUCCCCUCUCCCUGCCACCACCACUAAGAGCCUGCUGUACAAUGGGAGGAUCGCCGAAGAGGUCAACUGUCUCUUGGCCCGCAGGGAUGACAACCUUGUCUCCCAGCUGGUCCACAGCCUUAACCAGGUUUCCACCGAGCACAUAGAGCUGAAGGACAACCUGGGCACUGAUGAUCCGGAGGGCGACAUGCCGGUGCUGCUGCAGACGGUGCUGUCUAGGAAUCCCAAUAUCUUCAGGGAGAAAAGUAUCAUGCAACAGCCAAUGAUGCCACCAUACAAGAUGUCUCAGAAUUCCAUUCAUGGCAGCCCAGCAUCCACAAACUACCAGCAAACCACUGUUACUCCCAGCCCUCCCAGCGGUCGCUUCGUUCAGCCUCAAACGGGAUCCGGCGCCCGAUUUAUGCCCCAGCAAAACAGCCCUGUGCCCAGUCCCUAUGCUCCACAGAGUCCCGCUGGCUACAUGCAGUACCCUCACCCUCCCAGCUACUCACAGCACCAACAGAUCCAAGUCUCUGUGGCUAGUCCUAUGGUGCCUGGGGGUAUAAGAAACAUCCAUGACAACAAAGUGUCUGGGCAAAUGUCAAGUAACUCCUCCAAUCACAACGCACGACACUGCUCCAAUGAAGAGUACAUGAACAUAGUCCACAGACUGGGAAGUGAGGAGAGUGAUCCUUCCAUGAGAAAUGCAUCCUUCCCUCUCCGAUCGCCCCAGUCAGUGUGUUCUCCUUCUGGAAGCGAAGGGACUCCAAAAGUAGGUUCUCGGCCACCUCUGAUCCUUCAGUCCCCGCCCCCAUACACCUCACCACGGGACGCCGCUUCGGACCUACUGUUGGACUCGCCUGAGCGUAAGAAGAAGCAGAAAAAACUAAUAAAGGAGGAAGGUGACAAAGGUGCCAUGUACGACAUUGUCAGCUCUCCCUCAAAAGACUCCACCAAGUUGACGCUAAAGCUAUCGCGGGUAAAGUCAGCCGAGACGGAGCAACCCGGCGAGCUGAUGCCUGCUGGCAUGGAACAAAACUCGGACGGCGAGAACGAUCUGCCCUGCAACAGUUUUCGGGAACAGUCGGCGUACCAACAGGUGACGGUGCUGCAGAACGCAGGUGCUGUAGCAGCCAAACAGCCCGGAGCAGUCAGCGGGACACCUUUUGACGAGGCUGAAUUGGACGCCCUGGCCGAGAUAGAAAGGAUAGAGCGUGAGUCGGCCAUUGAGCGGGAACGCUGCUCCAAGGAGGUUCAGGAUAAAGACAAACCUCUAAAGAAGAGGAAGCAAGACUCAUACCCUCAGGAGCCUGGUGCUGCUGGUACUGCUGGAGGUCCAGGAGUGGGUGGUGGGGGCAGUGCAGGGAACAAACCGACUCCCCAGGAGGCCAGCGCUGCCAGUAAUGGGGCUAACCGUCCAGCGCUCAUGGUCAGCAUAGACCUUCAGCAGGCAGGCAGAACAGAGAGCCAGCUUGACUCCUGCCCCAUGCCAGCCCAGGAGGCCCAGCGUUGUUCUGAGGACAGCACAGACUCUGGGGUACUGAGACUCAAGUCAAAGACCGAUGGGGAGAUCCAAUCAGCCCCAGACGGCAGGCCUGAAGUCAUCAAACAGCAGAAAACUUUGUCAGAUGCUCGCCCCGAGACGCCAAAACACAAGCAGGACAGUCGGCGUGAGUCCUCUGGAAAGCAGAGCUCAGACAAACGUCCAGAAUCGUCAAAGCACAGGCACGACAGCAAGCCUGACAAAAGUCGACCCGAGACUCCAAGGAAACCUGACGGGCGCACUGAAGUCUCCCGGGAUGGGAGGGAAGAGAAACACAAAGAUCGUGAGCGGGACAGGGACCGUAGCAGUGACGGCUCCAAAAUCCGACGGCCGGACACACCGAAAUCGUCCAGCAGGUCAGAGCAGGAUCGCUCCAGUCGAGACAAAGACAGAGACCGCGAGCGGAAAAACCGGCCUGAUUCCAGAGAGCACCGAGACAGACGUUCUCCCGAGCACCGCUCUCGACCUGACAGUCCCCGUGUGAAACAGGAGAGGGGAAACGGUUCCGACUCAAGCCGUCCUCGUACUGACCUCAAACCACCCAGCAGCAAAGAGGAAAGGCGAAGUUCUGAUGGGCACAGAAAAAGCUCUGAUGGCUCUAAGCAACCCUCCUCUGACAGUAAGGUUAGUGAGUUCCCUGAUUACCUUCUCGGUGGCAAGUCUGGUGCUUUGAAGAAUUUUGUCAUUCCCAAACUGAAGCGUGACAAGGACGGGAAAGAUGGAAGGGAUGAUAAAGACAGUAAAGAUGGGAAAGACAGUAAAGACAGAAAGGAAGGCAAAGACGGGAGAGACAGAAAGGAAGGAAACUCGGACACCCGGCGAUCCGGGGAGAUAUUUGGCCAACCACGGGUAAAACUGGAGAGGCUAGGCCUGGAGGACAUCACCAAACGGCCAAAACCUGUAGUGGUUCUGCAGAAGCUUUCUAUUGACGAAGUGCAGAAAAUCAUCAAAGACAGACAUUCAGGCAGCUCCAAAUCCAGCAAGAACAGGCCUUCCUACGGAAAGUCUUCAAAAGGGGGCAUUGAUGAGUCGGUGCUCAAGGAGCUUCCUCCUCAUCUGCUUGCAGAAAUCGAGUCCACCAUGCCUCUGUGUGAGAGGGUGAAGAUGAACAAACGCAAGCGCAGUACGAUCAACGAGAAGCCCAAGUAUGCCGAAGUCAGCUCGGAUGAAGAUGGUGGAUCAGAAUCCGCUCCCAAGCGAUCAAAGAAGGACAGGGACCGGACGUGGGAGUUUGAGGACAGAAAAGCCGGAGAGCGCAGACGGAGUGGAGGAGGCCACCAUGAAGGUCGCAGAGGCUCAGGAAGCCGAUACAGAGACCAAAGUCCGGAUGAUUCUGCCGAAGAGACUCCCCCUCCCAGCAUGAGUGACCUACUUAAAAAGAUGAAGAUGAAGGAGAAGCAAAAGAAGAGGAAAGCCUAUGAACCGAAGCUCACUCCAGAAGAAAUGAUGGACUCCUCUACAUUCAAGAGGUUCCUGGCAAGUCUGGACAACAUUUUAGAAAACCUGGAAGAUGUUGACUUGACUUCAUUAAAUGCAGAUGACGAUGAGAUUCCUCAGGAGCUGCUCCUCGGGAAACACCAGCUGUCAGAGCUGAGCAGUGAAUCAGCCAAAAUCAAAGCCAUGGGCAUCACACAUAGGAUUCCAUCUGAUAAGCUCGUGAAAGUGCUGGGCAUAUUAGAAAAGAACAUCCAGGAUGGUUCAAAGCUCUCCACGCACAUUAACCAUGAUAACGACGCAGAGGACGAGGAACGUCUGUGGCGGGACCUCAUCAUGGAGCGGGUCACCAAAUCCGCUGACUCCUGCUUGACUUCUCUGAACAUCAUGACCUCGCUGCGCAUGCCCAAGGCCGUCUACAUUGAGGAUGUGAUUGAGAGGGUGUUACAGUAUACAAAGUUUCAUUUGCAGAACACACUCUACCCCCAGUAUGACCCUGUCUACAGAGUGGAUCCUCAUGGAGGCGGUGUGUUGAGUUCGAAAGCUAAGCGAGCCAAGUGCUCCACACACAAGCAAAGAGUAAUUGUCAUGCUCUACAACAAAGUGUGUGACGUUGUCAGCAACAUCUCAGAACUGCUGGAGAUCCAGCUACUCACAGACACUACAAUCCUACAGGUCUCUUCCAUGGGCAUCACUCCAUUUUUUGUGGAGAAUGUCAGCGAGCUUCAACUUUGUGCCAUUAAGCUGGUCACUGCAGUCUUCUCCCGAUAUGAAAAGCAUAGGCAGCUGAUCCUGGAGGAGAUCUUCACAUCCCUCGCCAGACUGCCCACCAGUAAAAGAAGCUUGAGGAACUUCAGGUUAAACAGCAGUGAUGUUGAUGGGGAACCCAUGUAUAUCCAGAUGGUAACUGCUCUGGUGCUUCAGCUCAUUCAGUGUGUGGUGCAUCUGCCCACAGAGAAGGACAGCACAGAUGACGAGUAUGAAAAGAAAGUGGACCAGGAUGUCCUCAUCACGAACUCAUAUGAGACUGCGAUGAGAACAGCCCAAAACUUCCUUUCAGUUUUUCUCAAAAAGUGUGGCAGCAAACAGGGUGAGGAGGAUUAUCGGCCAUUGUUUGAAAACUUUGUGCAGGAUUUGCUCUCGACAGUCAACAAACCAGAGUGGCCUGCUGCUGAACUGCUGCUCAGUCUCCUGGGCCGGUUACUGGUGCACCAGUUCAGUAACAAACAAACAGAGAUGGCAUUAAGAGUGGCCUCCUUGGACUACCUGGGCACAGUGGCUGCUCGGUUGCGCAAAGACGCAGUCACCAGCAAGAUGGACCAGAGCUCUAUAGACCGCAUUCUUAAAGAGGCCACUGGCAAUGACGAGACCCAGCAGCUGCAGAAAGCCCUGUUGGACUACCUGAAUGAAAAUAUAGAGACGGAUCCCUCUCUUUUGUUUGCAAGGAAGUUCUACAUUGCUCAGUGGUUCAGAGACACCACUACAGAGUCAGAGAAAGCCAUGAAGUCGCAGAAUCAAAAGGAUGAUGAGGGAUCAGAAGGAACGCAUCACGCUAAGGACGUGGAAACCACGGGUGAGAUCAUGCAAAAAGCCGAGGCACGGAAGAAGUUUCUGCGCUCCAUCAUCAGGGCCACACCAUCGCAGUUCAGCACACUGAAGAUGAACUCUGACGCUGUGGACUAUGAAGACGCCUGCUUAGUUGUGCGAUAUUUGGCCUCCAUGAGGCCGUUUGCACAGAGCUUUGAUAUUUAUUUAACACAGAUUUUAAGAGUGCUGGGUGAGAGUGCCAUCGCUGUACGAACGAAGGCGAUGAAGUGUCUGUCUGAAGUGGUCGCAGUGGACCCAAGCAUACUGGCACGGUCGGACAUGCAGCGUGGUGUCCACGGACGACUUAUGGAUAACUCCACUAGUGUGCGGGAGGCUGCUGUCGAGCUGCUUGGCAGAUUUGUUCUGAGUCGCCCUCAACUGACUGAGCAGUACUACGACAUGCUUAUCGAAAGGAUAUUGGAUACGGGCAUUAGUGUGAGGAAGAGGGUGAUUAAGAUUUUGCGUGACAUCUGUUUGGAGCAGCCAACUUUCAACAAGAUUACAGAAAUGUGUGUGAAGAUGAUCAGGCGGGUCAACGAUGAGGAAGGCAUUAAGAAACUGGUGAAUGAAACAUUCCAAAAACUGUGGUUUACUCCCACUCCAAACCAGGACAAAGAAACCAUGACCAGGAAGAUCAUCAAUAUCACUGAUGUGGUGUCUGCAUGCCGGGAUUCAGGUUAUGACUGGUUUGAACAGCUGCUUCAGAAUCUACUGAAGACAGAGGAAGACGCCUCCUACAAGCCAACCCGAAAGGCCUGUGCUCAGCUCGUCGACAAUCUAGUGGAGCACAUCCUCAAGUACGAAGAGGAGUCUCUCACUGACUGUGAAAAUAAAGGGGUAAAUUCCAACCGCUUGGUGGCCUGCAUUACCACCCUGUACCUCUUCAGCAAGAUCCGAGCACAUCUGAUGGUAAAACACGCCAUGACCAUGCAGCCCUACCUGACCACCAAGUGCAACAACCAGAACGAUUUUAUGGUCAUCUGCAACGUGGCAAAAAUCUUGGAGUUGGUGGUUCCUCUGAUGGACCACCCCAGCGAGACCUUUCUCACCACCAUAGAAGAGGACCUGAUGAAGCUUAUCAUUAAAUAUGGCAUGACGGUUGUGCAGCAUUGUGUGAGCUGUCUUGGUGCAAUAGUGAACAAGGUCACUCACAAUUACAAGUUUGUGUGGGCUUGUUUUAACCGAUACUAUGGUGCACUGAACAAGCUGAAGACCCAACACCAAGAGGAUUCAAACAGCACGGUUCUAGUGUCCAACAAGCCUGCACUGCUGCGCUCUCUCUUUACUGUAGGGGCUCUGUGCAGGCAUUUUGACUUUGACCAGGAAGAGUUUAAAGGAAAUAACAAGGUUGUCAUAAAGGACAAGGUGCUGGAGUUGCUUCUCUGUUUCACCAAGAAUGAAGAUGAGGAGGUGCAGACCAAGGCCAUCAUUGGUUUAGGUUUCCUUUUCAUUCAGCACCCAGGCCUGAUGUUUGUCCCAGAAGUGAAGAACCUGUAUAAUGGUCUCCUUUCUGAGAGGAAGAGGUCUGUGAACCUGAAGAUCCAGGUGCUUAAGAAUCUCCAAACAUACUUGCAGGAGGAGGAUUCGAGAAUGCAGGAGGCUGACCGGGAAUGGAAGAAGCUGUCGAAACAGGAAGAUCUGAAGGAGAUGGGAGACAUCUCAUCAGGCAUGAGCAGCUCCAUCAUGCAGCUUUAUCUGAAGCAGGUGCUGGAAGCCUUCUUCCACACGCAGUCCAGCGUACGCCAUUUCGCUCUCAACGUCAUUGCUCUCACACUCAACCAGGGUCUUAUUCACCCAGUACAGUGUGUGCCCUACCUGAUUGCCAUGGGUACAGACCCUGAGCCUACAAUGAGGAACAAAGCAGACCAGCAACUAGUGGAGAUUGAUAAGAAGUACACAGGAUUCAUUCAUAUGAAGGCUGUGGCAGGGAUGAAAAUGUCCUACCAGGUCCAGCAGGCUAUAAUGCAAUCUCACAACACCAUCAUCCGAGGUUUCCGCCAGGAUGAGAGCAGCAGCGCACUCUGUUCGCACCUUUUCACCAUGGUGCGGGGGAAUCGACAGCACCGGAGAGCCUUCCUUAUUUCGCUGCUUAAUCUGUUUGACGACAGUGCGAAGACAGAUGUAAACAUGCUGCUGUUCAUCGCAGACAACCUGGCAUGUUUUCCUUUCCAAACCCAGGAGGAGCCUUUGUUUAUCAUGCAUCACAUCGACAUCACACUGUCCGUGUCCGGCAGCAAUCUGCUGCAGUCCUUUAAAGAGUCUUUGCUAAAGGACCCAGUGAAGAGGGAAAAGAUAAAGAAAAAGAAGAAGGAGCGAGAGAAGAAAUAUGGCUCAGAAGAGGAAGACGAGGACUACGUGGAACCACAGAGCAGCGGCUCACACACCAGCGAUGAAGAUGAGGAGGUCGUCCACAGGGCUAAAAAGCCCAGGCGGGCUGCCGUUGAUUCUGAUUUUGACUCAGACUUGGAUGCUGAUGACGUGGAUAAGGUCAUGGACCGGCUACCAGACAACACCAUGCCUCUGCUUGAUUUCGCCAACGCCUCUCAGGGCAUCCUGCUCCUUUUAGUGCUCAAACAGCACCUGAAGAACCUCUAUGGCUUCUCUGACAGCAAAAUCCAGAAGUAUUCACCCACUGAGUCAGCAAAAGUGUACGACAAGGCGGUAAACAGGAAAGGCAACGUACAUUUCCAUCCACGGCAGACGAUCGACUUCCUGACCAAUAGCCUCUCCAACACCGAGCUCACCUAUGAGGUCAAGAGGAGGAUUGUCCGGCAAUACUUGGACUUUAAGGUACUGAUGGAGCACUUAGAUCCAGACGAAGAGGAUGAGGAAGGUGAAGCAUCAGCCAGCAGCCACGCCAGAAACAAAGCCAUCACUGCUCUGCUGGGAGGCUCCAGCCCGAGAAACAAUGCCAAUGCUAACGCCGCUGAGUCAUAUGAUGAAGACAGUGAAGGAGAUGAGAAAAUGCCUGGGUCGUCACGGCGGUCUAAAAGAGGCGGCGAGUCUGGAGACGCAUCAGGUCACAUGAACGAAGCAGUAGAAGCCAUGGACGUCAUCGCAAUCUGCUGUCCCAAGUACAAGGACAGGCCACAGAUAGCACGCGUCAUCCAGAAGACGAGCAACGGUUACAGCGUUCACUGGAUGGCCGGCUCGUAUUCGGGCACUUGGGCCGAGGCCAAGAAGCGUGACGGACGUAAACUGGUGCCUUGGGUGGACACUAUCAAGGAGUCGGACAUCAUUUACAAGAAAAUCGCCUUGACGAGUGCGCACAAGCUGACUAACAAAAUGGUGCAGACUUUACGCUCACUGUACGCAGCCAAGGAGGGGACUUCCAGCUAAUCAAACCGACACUUACCCUGGCAGGAACUCUCAGCAGCCAAACUUUAUUUGGGAUCCAACAUUUUCUAAACUCAAGACAGUACGGCUAAAGUACUCACGGUCUCACAUGCUUCAGAUUCACUGUCAUGACGAACGAGUGAGGAGAGGGUGGGGACAAGGUCUGGGGCAGGGGAAGCAUUUUAAAACCCGUGAGGAACUGCAGGAACGCAUACUGGACACAUUUUAAGUUAAACAGGACAAACACAUUUAGAAGGAAAUGUUUGGAAAACAUUGUGUGGGAGCUCCUUCGCUGUUGUGCAGCAACUCGGUUGUGUGAUUUUUACUCCCACUGUAUCAUAGUUUAACAGGAAAAAAACAACAAACACAAAAACAAAAAAUGUUUAUAUCUCUGACAAAAAAUCUGUUUAAAAAAUAAACUUAAAGUGAAUGUUGGAAAUUAGUCUGUUGAUGUUCUUAAUAAAGUGUUCUUGGAGUUAAACCUAGCACCGGAUGGAUUUCUUUAGCUUAGCUCAGUGUCCAGGGAAAGAAUCUUUUAAAUAUUUCCUCUGCUUUAUGUUUUACUCCUUUUUUUGUUUACUCAUGCUGUACAAUGGAGUCUCCUGGACAUAAUUUAUUCUGUUCAAAGCAGAGCAGAGCAUGCAGUAUCUGUGGCCUACAUGCAGGGGGAGUUUUUCUUUUGUAAAUGUAGAUUUUGAUGUAUUAGGUCACCCUAGAGAGAAAAAAGGGAUCCCCAGCACUUCUGGCGGAACAAAUACUGCAAUAAAUUUUUUUACUUCUCUUUGUUA